CAUCUGCUUCAUGGCUCUGUUGCCACGUCUGUUAGUCCGCAGUGUGCAAAUCUCCGUCUUCCCCAACGAAAUUGGCGUGGCCAAGCGACGGGAGAAACUGCUGGAGAUGGAGAUGAGCAGAGAGGGGGGCGGGAUGGAGGGGGAGGAGUCUCAGGGCGACAGCAUGCAUUACGUGGCCAAUGGCAAUGCCUAUCCCAUGAAUGAGGGGCCUGACCUCGCCCCUCCCAACCCUCCACUGCAAGCACAACAACAGACCACAGAGUUUGCAGCACCUCCGCACCGCUAUCAAAAGAAUCGUGAGACGCGGCGAGGAGUGGGAGAGGUCAACAGGGGCUACCAAAACGAUUAUCCCGGGGACGACAUGAGGCCGCAGCAUCUUGGGACGGGUGACCACAUGGUGCGCCAGCGAGGACGCCUGAGCUCAGCGUCAGAUGAGUUUGUCAUCACGUAGCAUCAGCGAUAUUGUCUCAUAGCGUCUCGUCUCAUCAGGGAUAAUGUGAUCUCAUCUGUGAUGUCAUCUUGAAGAAACAAGAACAAUACCGUUUUGUUGGGGCCACAAGUGUCAGCCGUUCAUUAGGGUCGGCGAUAUCAUCUUGGGCCACCUCAUCCUCGAUAUUGUCUGAUUAUAUCUGUGAUGUUAUUUUCUAGUAAUGAUACUGUUUUCACCAGGCCUGAGGAGUCUGUCAUCUCGCAGCGUCAGCGAUGCUGUGUUGUAUGUCAUCUCGCAGCGUCAGCGAUGCUGUGUUGUAUCUUCACUGAUUUUGUUUCAUCUUGUCAGAGAUUGUUGUCGUGUUGUAGAAGAUACAAGAAUAUCAUAUCGUCUUAUCAUAUUGUUCUACAACAACAACAACAACAACAAUAUUGUUUCGUAUUGUCUUGCUCUCGCACUGUGUAUCUGAGACGGUGUUUCCUCCUCCCGUGAGUUUCACGAAAGAGAUAUACCAUGGUUUGCUUGCAAACACUUUCCUGUGCCUGAAGCUGUGCUGAUCCGUCUGUGAUGAACUUUUCAUGUUUGUUUUGUAUUUUUUAACCCGCCUCCCUGAACUGACUUUCACCAAAGAUUCUUCAAUCUGAGACUGUGUUUUCCUGCUCCGGUGACCACAAAUCUGUCUCUGACAGCCGACUCCUUCGUGCUGAGUGAAAUCAAACAACAGCAGUUUUAAUUUAGAGGUGUUAAUGCUCUAAUUGCUUACUAUAAAGGAAAGGAUGUGCAAAAGAGCAACACAAUGAUUAUUGUAAGUGGAGUGGAAAAAAGAGUGGUUUUGGAUAAGUUGUAUAGUUUUCCUCUUGUGUCCUGCUAUUUCUGCUCAUGUGGCCACAUGCUAGGGGUAUAUCUUUUACUAAAAUGUUUUAAAAGAAAAAGAAGAAAAGAAAA